AUGGCGGAGCGUGGCGAUUCCGAGCCCACCCCGGGCUGCAGCGGUCUGGGCCCGGGCGGCAUUCUCGGCGGCGGCCGCGCCGCCCACUCAUGGGCCCUGGAGGACGCCUGGAUGGGCACCCACCCAAAGUAUUUAAAAAUGAUGGAAUUAGAUAUAGGAGAUGCCAGCCAAGUUUGCAUAGCAUUCUUGGUUUACCUGGACCUCAUGGAGAGUAAAAGUUGGCAUGAAGUAAAUUGUGUUGGAUUACCAGAUCUCCAGCUCAUCUGCCUUGUCGGUCCUGAGAUAGAAGGAGAAGGAUUACAGACUGUGGUGCCUACACCCAUCAGUGCUUCCCUCAGCCAUAACAGGAUAAGGGAGAUCUUGAAGGCAUCUCGAAAAUUGCAAGAAUAUUUCCCUUAGAAGAUGACAUCUAUACUUCCUGAUGCUUACUGUGAG